GUCUUGGUCUGCAGCAACUUCCAACAAUGGGCGCAAUCACCACUUUCCUCACUUCAAUUUUACUCACCACCACCACUAUCACCACGACUACCGCCAUCGCAACACAAAACACCACGACCACGACCACAACCUUCCCCAACACCCUAAACAUCACGACCCUGACCGCGCACAACAACCACUCCGUCCUCGAAUGCUGGGCCCUCCAACCAGGCUACGCCCAGACGACCGAACCCGGAGUCGCAGGCAACGCCAUUCUGAACCUCGGGCCCAUCGCCAACAACGCAUCCAACAUCCUCAUCCCGCCUAGCUACGACGGCGGCCAGCACAAUGCCCCUGCCCUUCAAUGGGUGAUAUUCCUGUCCGGCCUCGCGCACAUCACGCUCCCGCACUCAGACGACGAGGCGUGGGUGUCCGGCGGCAAGGAUGGGAUGAUCCUUGCGCUGGAUACGGAGGAUGUGAGUACUGACGGGCAUGCUACGACUUAUCCGUCUGGGGAGGUUACUUUUGCAGUGGAGGUGCCGUUGCGGGAGGUACCUGGACAUACGGUGUUGCAUGCUGGGGCUUGUGGGGUGGGGGAGAUGGGGGUUUAG